GCCUUUUGUCCCGCCGCGUGGAGGGAAAUGCGUGUCUCUUUCCUUCCUAAUCAGCACACUCCCAUUAACAAACCCACUCAAGCGUUUCUCCAGUUGUAAUGCUUACCUGUACUCCAUCCACGCUACUCUGUUUCGGCUCUGCACAUGUAUAAAUCAUCUUAUUCUCUUCCCAUUGAAUCGUAACUCUCAACCUCAAUUCACCUUCUUAACAAAAAAAUGGGUCUCUUUCUUUGCGUUCUCUUCUUUCUCGUCUUCUCUGCAACUGCUUGUGAUCGAUGUGUGCAUCAAACUAAGGUUGCUUACUUCUCCAGUGCCUCUGCACUCUCAGCUGGGGCUUGUGGGUAUAGUUCCUUGGCCAUAGACUUCAAUGGUGGGCAACUUGCAGCCGCUGUUCCUAGCCUUUACAAAGAUGGAGCUGGCUGUGGUGCCUGUUUUCAGAUAAGAUGCAAGAACACAACCCUUUGUACUGAGGAAGGGACUAGAGUCAUAGUAACUGAUCUCAAUCGAAACAACCGGACGGAUUUUGUGCUCAGCAGCAGAGCUUUCAUGGCCAUGGCUCACAAGGGUAUGGGCCAAAACGUGUUAAAACUUGGGAUUGCUGACGUGGAAUAUAAGCGGGUACCUUGUGAUUACAAAAACAAGAACUUGGCUGUCCGCGUGGAAGAAUCUAGCCAAAAGCCAAACUAUCUAGCAAUUAAGUUCUUGUACCAAGGUGGUCAAACUGAAAUUGUCGCCGUUGAUGUAGCUCAGGUAAAUCGAAAGUUAUACCAUUUGAAUACAACGGCUAUUGGUUCAUAUGAAUCAUAAGGUCAUGUGGUGUUGUUAUUGCAUAUGUAGGUUGGUUCAUCGAAUUGGAAUUUCAUGAGCAGAAAUCAUGGUGCUGUUUGGGACACAAGUAGAGUUCCAACUGGGCCAUUGCAAUUCCGGUUUGUUGUGACAUCUGGUUAUGAUGGGAAGUGGAUUUGGGCACAAAAAGUCCUACCUGCUGAUUGGAAAAAUGGGUUGAUCUAUGAUUCCGGAGUACAGAUCACUGAUAUUGCACAGGAGGGUUGUUCUUCAUGUGAUGAUGGAAGCUGGAAAUAAGACAUCUUCGUUCAUUGCUAGUGUGAAUGCAAUGCACACAAUAGGCGUCCCAGUCAAGAACACACAGUGAAUUUGGUUAUACAAAAGAUUAGGGUGUGACAUUACAAUUGGAAUAGCUAUGUUUUGAAACUUAAGAAAGAAAAAAAAAUGAUAACCUUUGUUGCUUUGAGGAGCUUUUGUUACUAGGACAAAGCUUUUAUUGUGUUAGCACCAAAAAAGAAUAACCAGACUUUUGCUUGGGUAACCCAGCGGUAUUAUUGAUGUGCUGUAGCAUAUUUUUUCCCCUCA